AUGGCUAGUCAGAAUUCCCACAAGGCACAUGCAGCCCCUCUGGCUCCAUUAACUUAUGGGGAGCCUGCAGCAGGGGACCCCCGUGAUUCCUCCCCAGAUCCAAAUGUUGAUUCAGGGGAAGCUUUGGAGAAGCAGGUUGACCAACCUGAGAGCCUAGAUCCAGGCCUCCAAUACGAUCUGCUCCCACAGGGCCUGAAGCCAGAAAUGGCCAACAAGGAAGAGAACAACACCUUCCUCGGGCUGUCCUUCCCCAGGAAGCUCUGGAGGAUCGUGGAGGAUGCGGCCUUCACCUCUGUGCGCUGGAAUGAUGAGGGAGACAUGGUGGUCAUCGAGGCAGAUCUCUUCCAGGCAGAGGUCCUCCAGCGCAGAGGUGCAGACCAGAUCUUCGAGACAGAAAGCAUCAAGAGCUUCAUCUGUGAACUGAACCUGUAUGGUUUCAGUAAAAUCUCCCCUUUGGGUUGCUCUGCAGGGAAGAAGAUGAUGAUCUAUCACAACUCCAACUUUCAGAGAGACAAGCCUCUCCUCCUGCAGAACAUCUCAAAGAGAAAGAAGCGAGUGGUGGCGACCAGACACUCUCCUCGACUCCACCACAACCAGUGCACCCAAGAGGCGGGCAAGAAAGUCCAGAAGGGAACCCCACCUGCUCGCAGAACCCUCAGCCGGCGAUCAUUUGUGCUCUCUCGCCUUUGGUCUAUGGGCAGUGUAGCCGGACGGGCCGGGGUAAAGCAUCUCCUCAGCGAGCAGGGCGGCCCCAGUGGAAAGGGUACGUCCAACAGUGCCAUGUCUGUACCCCCAGCUACUUCUGGGAGGGAGAGUACAGGGCAAAUGCCCGAGAGCCCCCCAGAGUACCCAGAUUAUGAUUCAGUGAUGGCUUUGUACAACACCUGUUACUCCAUCCUGACGGCAGCCCUUUCCAGCACAGCCCCAAAUGAGGCCCCUGGGUCGGAGGAGGAGCAGGGAGAGUACAUGUGUGUCCUCUGUGAGCAGGUCAAGGACAAGCCCAAUCCAUGA